CCAUUGGGGAGAGCUGACAGAGGAGAGACCUAUACAUGCUGCUUUGUAUUUCUCUGCACAACAGAGAAAUACAAAGCAGCAUGUCUCCCUAGUAAAACACAAACAGCACAUAAUGUAAAACAUAGCACACAGUUAACCCUUUGAUCGCCCCAGAUGUUAACCCCUUGCUGCCUAGUGUCAUUAGUACAGUGUCAGUGCUUUUUAUUAGCUCUGAUCACUGUAUUAGUGUCACUGGGGAUGUCAUUGGCAGUUAAUCAGUUCUCACCCAGUGUCAGAAUGCACGCCGCAGUCCGGCUAUAA